AUGAGUGAGUUUCAGAACCGACCAAGUGUCCUGUCCAAUGCAGUCGCGGAAAAAGAAGUCUCGAAGCAGAACAAAAUCCUCAGCAAAAGCCCCGAUUUGCCAAUCUCGCACAAUGAGAAACCGAAAACCAGCUCAGGGAGGAGCAACAAAAUUGAUGUGGAGAGAAUUGUAAGCUCAAAAAAAAAAAAAAAUUAACCUUGUCACAUUUUUGCACUGUGCGGAGAUAAAUAUUUUUUUGCACAGUGCAAAAAAUUUUUUUUUAUUUCUUUUUGAAAAAUCGAAAUUCAAAUUUCAGACAUUAGUUUUUUUCAUAAAGUGCAUGGACAUUUUUUCUCUUUCGCACAGUGCAUUUUGAACUUUUUCCCACACUUAUCGCCAACGCACUGUGCAUUUUCCUCUUUUCGCACAGUGCAAACCUCAAACAAUCCGUUUGCACUGUGCAAAUUUUGUCGCGGCAAUAUUUCAAUGCACGGUGCGAAAGUAAGAAAUGCACAGUGCAAAUUGGAGGUUUUUUUCCACACUUAUCGCCAAUGCACUGUGCAUUGUUCCUCUUUUCGCACAGUGCAAACCUCAAAAAACCGUUUGCACUGUGCAAAUUCCGUCGCGGCAAUAUUUCAAUGCACGGUGCAAAAAUGAAAAAAAGUGAAACGCACAGUGCAAAUUGGAGGCUUUCCCAUGCUCAUCGCCAAUAAACUGUGCAUUUUUUCUCUAUCGCACAGUGCAAACCUCAAAAAAGCCGUUUGCACUGUGCAAAUUCCGUCGCGGCAAUAUUUCAAUGUACGGUGCGAAAGUAAAAAAAAAGUGAAAUGCACUGUGCAUUUCGAACUUUUCCCCACGCUUAUCGCCAACGCACUGUGCAUUGUUUCUCUUUUCGCACAGUGCAAACCUCAAACAAUCCGUUUGCACUGUGCAAAUUCCGUCGCGGCAAUAUUUCAAUGCACGGUGCAAAAAUCAAAAAAAAAAAGUAAAAUGCACAGUGCAAAUUGAAGGGUUUUUGUGCACAGUGCGGACCUCGGCAAAUUGUCCAUGCACUUUAUGAAAAUACUAAUAUCAGUCUGUCGGGAAAAUAAUGUGGAUUUGUCGCGCUUUGGAAACGCCUAUUAUCGCUUUGCCGGCCGCGGCUGAAGAUUUGGCGACAGCGACAAGGCGAUCAAUUUUUCUGCGACAAAUCCACAAUAUUUUCCCGACAGACUGAUAUGAAAAUUCUGCAAAUUCUAAUAACACGUUUUCAGGAGCUCGACAGACAACAAGAGGAGAUAAUCAAGAAGGUCGCGGCCUUCAAACCGCUGAUCAACAGUGCCUCCGCCAAUGUGGAUUUGGCCAACGACGGAAGCAGGAAGAAUGAAAAGAGCGAGCGGAAAAAUGGAUCAACGAAAAUGGAGACAAAGGAGAAGCCAAGAGAGGAAAAGGGCGACAAAAAGAGAGUCAAGUCCAGCAUGGUGGAUUUGAAUGACACCGUAAGUGAAUCGAAAUUCUCGGAAAAUUUUUGCUUACGACUCGGAUCUUUGAACUUAAAAAAACCAGCAAAAUACUAUGUAUGUCGGGAAAAUAAUGUGAUACUGCGACGAGGCGAGACAUUUUGCCACGACAAAUCCGCAUUAUUUUCCCGACAGACUGGUAAAAUAAAACCAGUAAAAUAUGGUAUAAUAUAGUCUGUCGGGAAAAUAAUGUGGAUUUGUCGCAGCAAAAGUCUAGCCUCGUCGCAGUGCGCAACCUAAUCUCCAGUCGCGGCGAAAAAACCCGACGAUCGGCGACUGUCGCGGUCCACAUUAUUUUCCCGACAGACUGAUAAUUAGGACUUGCUUUGCACCGUGCAGACUUGUCAAACCUUUUCAAAUCACCCCAUUCAGCAUUAUCAGCUUUAGUUUUGUAUUACCAGUCUGUCGGGAAAAUAAUGUGGAUUUGGUGCGGCUUGAAAUAUUCGUCGCUUUGCUAGCCGCGGCUCAAGUUUUGAUACUGCGACGAGGCGAGAUGUGUUGCCGCGACAAAUCCACAUUAUUUUCCCGACAUAUUGUUAAUAUAAAAACAGUAAAAUAUAGUAAUCAACCUUAGUAUUAGUCUGUCGGGAAAAUCAUGAGGACUUGUCGCGCCUUGGAAUCGCCCGGUAUUUGGCGCCCGACUACAGAAAAUUUUUCGAUAUUUUGCUGCGACGGGUCCUUAUCAUUCUGUCGGGAAAAUAAUGAGGACUCUGUCGCAUCAAAAAUUGCAUAAAAUAUGAAUUGGUCGCGAAAAAAAAUAAAAUUGCUUUUCACUUCGGCGACACGAUCGGCGCAGCGAUAUUAGGCUCAUUAUUUUCCCGACAGACUGAUAAAAUCUUAUAAAACCAGUAAAAUAUGGUAUAAUAUUAGUCUGUCGGGAAAAUAAUGAGGACUUGUCGCGGUAAAAUGACUCGUCUAGUCGCCUUCGGGCAACAAAUUUCCAUCCAUCGCAAAGCGAUGAUGAUCGAUUUGAAGGCGCGAUGAAUCCACAUUAUUUUUCCGACAGACCGAUGACAAAUUUCUUUUACCAAGCUGCAACUUCAGUUUUACAUCAUCAACUCAAAUAAAUCGCAUGUUUUCAGGAGGUGUCGCCAACGGACAAAGUCUUGGCCAACCGCUCCAAUGCGCCCUCCAAGAACGCCCUCAACUUCAAUGUCCUGCAACAACAACAGCAACAGGUAACAGCGAGAGGACUAUGGAUUUUUUACGUUGUUUUAAAAAGCUUAUGACGCGCAUGAGAUAAUUUUUUGAAUUUCAGCAAAGCAGCAGCAAGAAUUCGUCGUCCAAGUCGCCAACUCGAAAAAUCCCAUAA